AUGAGACUAAAGAGGAAGUGGAAUGUGGAACGCCGUGUCCCAACACCCUCACCCUCACCCCCACCCCCACCCUCCCUCGCUCCUUCUCGAAACGAGAAGGGGGGUACUUCUGAGAAGAUGGCGACAAUUGUAGUCAUGUUAAACUUCAAAAUGCUCAAGGAGACUUUGGAGGGUGUUCACACAAAACGGAAGAAGUACGGUAGAGAAAAUUGGUUAGUGGACACUUGA